GGUUCGUGAUCUGUCGUUUUUGUUGGAGUUUCUUUCAAUUUUGAUUACUCACUUCGCUUUUUUGUAUUGCAUUCAGAAUUAUUUAAAACUAAAACAAAUUUACAUCACUAAACAAUGUUCCUGACUCGAUCAGAAUAUGACCGUGGUGUCAACACAUUCAGUCCAGAAGGUAGGCUUUUCCAAGUUGAAUAUGCUAUUGAAGCCAUAAAACUUGGCUCCACGGCCAUUGGUAUUUGUACAUCUGAAGGCGUAGUGUUGGCUGUCGAAAAAAGAAUUACUUCACCACUUAUGGAACCAACUACCAUAGAAAAGAUCGUAGAAGUGGAUCGUCAUAUUGCUUGCGCUGUGUCUGGAUUGAUGGCGGAUUCCAGGACUCUAGUUGAGCGUGCUCGUGUGGAAUGCCAGAACCAUUGGUUUGUGUACAAUGAGCGUAUGAGCGUGGAGUCAUGCGCUCAGGCGGUGUCCAACCUGGCUAUACAGUUUGGUGACAGUGAUGAUGAUAGUGGUACUGCGAUGUCCAGACCGUUUGGUGUUGCUGUUAUGUUUGCAGGUAUUGAUGAGAAAGGCCCUCAGUUGUUCCACAUGGACCCUAGCGGGACAUUUGUGCAGUAUGAUGCUAAAGCUAUAGGCUCCGGAAGUGAAGGGGCACAGCAGAGCUUAAAGGAAGUGUAUCACAAAUCGAUGACAUUGAAAGAGGCGAUCAAGUCAGCGCUGACGAUACUGAAGCAGGUGAUGGAGGAGAAGCUGUCGGAGAACAAUGUGGAGGUGGUCACAAUGACUCCUGGAGCAAUGUUCCACAUGUUCACUCGGGAACAGCUCUCUGAGUUGAUAAUGGCCAUCCCGGAGCUGCAGUGGAGUGAAUCAGGUUCCCGGAACACUAUACAGAAUCUCUCCAAGCUGAGACUCGAGAGACAGACUUGCUGAAUUUGAUACAAAUAAUAAAAUGUUUCAUGUGAA